AUGGCUAAAUUGUUCAGAGCGUUUUUCUUCAAGUCUCUUUUCUUCUUUUGGUACCGUUUUCUCUUUAGGCAACUCAGGAAUCUCAUCCGUUUCCACAGAAACAUUAGCAAUUCCUUUGCAACUACAACACAAUUUAAAUACCAAAAAUUCCCUUCUCUCGUUCACAGGCCAGACCUCAAUGAUCACACUUUGAUCUUUGACGUAGAAAAUGCUUUAUUGAAAUCCUCUUCUGUGUUCCCAUACUUCAUGCUUGUAGCCUUUGAAGCAGGAGGGCUUCUUAGAGCCAUAAUUUUUGUUCUUCUAUACCCUUUUGUGUGCUUAGCAGGAGAAGAAAUGGGGUUGAAGAUUAUGGUCAUGACAUGCUUCUUUGGGAUCAAAGCAGAGAGCUUCAGAGUGGGAAGGUCUGUUCUGCCAAAGGUCUUCUUGGAAGAUGUUGGUUCAGAAAUAUUUGAGGUGUUGAACAAGGGUGGGAAGAAAGUGGGUGUUAGCAAUCUACCUCAAGUUAUGGUGGAAAGCUUCUUGAGAGAGUAUUUGGACAUUGAUUUUGUUGUGGGCAGGGAGCUCAAAAUUUUCUGUGGGUAUUACGUGGGAUUGUUGGAUGAGACCAAAACUAAACAUGCUUUGGAACAAGUUCAAGAAGGCAAAGGAUGUUCCGACAUGAUCGGAAUUACAAGAUUCAACAACAUUCGUGACCAUGAAUUUUUCACUCAUUGCAAGGAAGUGUAUGCGGUGUCAGAAGCCGACAAGAGGAGCUGGCAAAAGCUAGCAAGGGAGCGAUAUCACAAAGCUCUUAUCUUUCAUGAUGGAAGAUUGGCUCUAAGACCCACUCUAAUGGUGUCAAUAGCGAUGUUGAUGUGGCUUCCAUAUGGGUUCAUUCUCGCAGUUAUUAGAAUAUCGCUUGCUCUCUCACUUCCAUUUAACAUCUCAACCCCUUUGUUGAUAUUGAGUGGGUUACGUCUUACAACAUCAUUACCCACAUCAUCAGACAACCAUGUUAAAGAAAAACCCAACAUUAGUCACGGUAAUCUUUACGUGUGUAACCACAGAACUUUGCUAGACCCUCUUUACAUCUCUUUCUCACUACAAAAGAACUUAACCGCGGUAACAUAUAGCUUAAGCAGAAUGUCUGAGAUAUUGGCCCCAAUCAAAACGGUGCGGUUAACUAGGAACCGUGAUGAAGAUGCAAAGAUGAUGAAGGAGUUGUUGAUGCAAGGGGACCUAGUUGUGUGCCCCGAAGGGACCACGUGUAGAGAGCCAUAUUUAUUAAGGUUUAGCCCUUUGUUCUCAGAAAUGUGCGAUGAAAUUGCACCCGUUGCUAUUGAUAGCCACGUUAGUAUGUUCCACGGUACAACUGCUGGAGGACUUAAGUGCUUGGACCCAGUCUUUUUUCUCAUGAAUCCAUCCCCGGUUUACAAGGUUCAGCUGUUGCACCAUGUGUCGUCACAUUCACAUAUUGACGAUCAUGAUUACGAGAAAUCGAGGUUUGAAGUGGCUAAUCAUGUACAAACAAAGAUUGGUAAUGCUUUGGGAUUUGAGUGCACUAAACUCACUAGGAAAGACAAGUACCUUAUUUUGGCUGGUAAUGAAGGCAUUGUUGCCAACAAGAAGUGUGGCAAAUCUUAG